AUGAGACUCAGCGGGGGUUUGGCCCGAUGGCCACCGCCGGCACCGCGAGCGGUCUCUCAGCCGACUCCUCUGGUUUAUGUAGUAAUGCGACGGGCAGCAGAAGGGCCUUGGCGACAAUUAUACAAACCCAAGCUCUCGCUACAAGGCCCGGAUGAAACAUGGCUAGCUCAUGAUACCAACACAUCAAAAUCCGAUGAACAUAAGAUGGACGCUGAAAGAAAUAUCUCUUAUACAUCAAAAGGUUCUUGUCAUUGGAGAAAUUGCUUGGGAACCUCGAAUUGCACGUGGAGUAUACCUAGUAACUUGGGAGGUGGAUGUGGAGGCUUAAAAGGAAAUCUAUUUACUGAUUCCACACGCGUUACUUUAUCCUUAUGGCCAGAUACAAUUUACCAUAUUCAAGUUGAACUUGUGUCUAGAACACUGGGAGUAGAUAAUGAGAAGUCCGAAAACUAUGAACAAUUGAUACAAGUCGUGCACAGCGUGUUUUCUACGGAAAGCGUUCAGGAUGUUGAAGUAAGUGAAGGCGAUCGUCUUAUGUCAGUACUAGUUAGCUCAAUGAGAGGCGAACGCGUACCGGAACGUGCCCCCCGAUUCUGA